GCAGGCUACUGGGCUCUGCCCACACACCUACCAGGCUCGCUUCCUAAAAGCUAGCUCGGAGCAAUCCCCUUGGGCUGGAGCCAAAUCCCUGAUGUGAUUUUAAGGAAGACCAGCAGGUCCGGGUCUCCAGGGGUCAACCCCACAUACAUCCCCCGCACUUUCCUGCAUGUAGGCCUGCGGGCGUAGAGGGCGUGGAAUUCACAGCCUCCCCACCCAUCCGCAGGGGUCUCCUGGGAGGAACCCACAGGCGAUGGGAACCCUGAAGCUGGGCUACGGCGUCCGCCCGAGCCUUUUCUUAAAUGCGCCAACCCCGGAAGCGGGGCAUCCAAGGGAGCGAGCGACGGGCCACGCACGUCCUGGCGUUCAGUACGGGGCAGCUUCUCCGGCUGGUGGGAGGGUGGGGAGCCUCUCAGGCAGAGUGGCAACCAACUAUAUCUGAGGACCAGAGCCCCAUUUUGGGGCACCAGAACUUGUGACCUCUCCAUCUCCACCCGGCUGGGUCCAGGGGCCACUCUCAGCACCCACCUCAGCAGCUGACAUAAGGCAGACUUGGGAACCUGGAAGCACUCUGGAGAACCUUUUCCUGAGACAUGGAGCUUUGGGGCCGUAUGCUCUGGGCCCUCCUGUCUGGCCCAGGGAGAGGGGGAAGUACCCUCGGCUGGGCCUUCAGCUCAUGGCAACCCCAACCACCUCUGGCUGGGUUAUCCAGUGCCACAGAACUGGUCAGCCACUGGACUAGGGUCUUUGAGAAAAGAGGUAUCCCUGAGGCCCGGGAAUCCAGUGAGUACAUCGUGGCUCAUGUCCUUGGAGCCAAAACAUUUCAGAGCCUGAGGCCAGCACUUUGGACCCAGCCCUUGACCUCUCAGCAACUACAGUGUAUCCAGGAGCUGAGUAGCCGUCGAUUGCAGAGGAUGCCGGUGCAGUACAUCCUUGGAGAGUGGGACUUUCAGGGGCUCAGCCUGAGGAUGGUGCCCCCAGUGUUUAUUCCUCGGCCAGAAACAGAGGAACUGGUUGAGUGGGUGCUGGAAGAGGUGGCCCAGAGGUCCUAUGCUGUGGGAUCCCCAGGCAGCCCCCUCAUUCUGGAGGUAGGCUGUGGAUCGGGAGCCAUCUCCCUCAGCCUGCUGAGCCAGCUCCCUCAGAGCCGAGUCAUUGCUGUGGAUAAGGGGGAAGCUGCCAUCUCUCUGACCCAUGAGAACGCUCAGAGGCUUCAGUUGCAGGACAGGAUUUGGAUCAUCCACCUCGACAUGACCUCAGAAAGGAGCUGGACACACCUGCCCUGGGGCCCUGUGGACCUGGUCGUCAGCAACCCUCCCUACAUCUUCCACCAGGACAUGGAACAGCUGGCCCCCGAGAUCCGCAGCUAUGAAGACCCUGCGGCCCUGGACGGUGGGGAGGAGGGCAUGGACAUCAUUACCCACAUCCUGGCCCUGGCACCCCAGCUCCUGAAGGACUCUGGUAGUAUCUUCUUAGAAGUGGACCCAAGGCACCCGGAGCUUGUCAGCAGCUGGCUUCAGAGCCGGCCUGAACUGUACCUUAAUCUUGUGGCUGUGCGCAAGGACUUCUGUGGGAGGUCACCUGACCCCUUACUCCCAGGUAGCGCCAGGGUGAGAGUUUCCUUCUGCCCCAGCAGGGCUGGCCGUCAGUCCCCUGCUUGGUAGGGGUGUGCGGGUGCAGCGUGGAGGAAGGCACGUGAGUCCUCACUCCUGGCCUUGGAUACCAUGGGGCCUGGUGUAGAGCAGCUCACUCGCGGGGACUGAUCAGUCCUCCACUGCCCUGGGUGCAUGCGAACACACUUCCCUGGCCAAGCCUGGCUCAAGCACAGGAAGCUCAUCUGCAUUUCAGCUCAAGGAUGACUGCCUGCUUUCUGGAGGGGAGGGCCUGGAGGUCCUUGCUGCACAGUUCCUGGGUCACACAUCCACAUUCAUUUAAUGGAAGGCUUGAGCCGUGAGGGGUGUUUCCUUUUUAUCCCCAUAGCUUUUAACUAAAACAUCCCUUCUGAGUUGACCCCCUGGGGUUUCAAAUAACCCAUGUGUACCUGGUUGGGGCUGGGGAGAGUGAGAAACUGAGAUACUGGGCACAGGAUUGUGGCCUCCACCCCAGCUCUGGUCUGUGCAGACUCAUGGCCACCAGGAGGCCUGCAGAUCCAGCCUUCCUAUCAACAGUGACAGGAAAUCUCUAGGUUGGUGAGUACUGGUGGUGUGAGCCUGCUUCAGGGUGGGUCCUAAGGAACAUGGCAAACCAGGCUGGCUCAUUCCACUAGACUGCCCCCUGCCACUCCAGCACUUCCCAGGGCCUGGCAGUAUGGUCUGAUGGGCAGUGUGGUCCGAUGGGCAGCAUCCUUUGCUGCAGCCAGGAGAGCUGAGUUCCAAGGCUGUGUCCUGCAGUGGGACCUUGGGCAGCUCCUUUCCCUAUAAGAAGCUGGCUCUUCUGAGUCCAAGGUUAGCGCCAAGUGGCAGCCUCUUUCCUCUUAGCCAAGUGGAAUGUGCAUGCUGGCAUCUGAAUGUCCAUUCUCCAGGCAGAGAGAACAAGAGAAGGUGUGAACUGCCUGAGGUCCCAUGAUAGUGGCCAAGUGGAGAUAGUAAGUUAGAUCCGUCCCUUUGGGGAGCCUGUAUUGCUGGAGUCACACCCAGCCUAAGUGUCGCCCUGCACUAUGGCUGGAGGACGCAUUUGGCAGAGGUCACGCUACAGCUCCCAGUGCCCCAGUGGCCUGCCCCAUGCCCAGCCCCAGCUGCAUGAACCUUGAGCUGCCCCUGGCUUCCUUUGAAGAGGCUGCUCCAGAAGGAACUCGGGUUGGGAGGCGAAGGGGUGCACAACCAGGGCGAAGCUCCCCACUCCCUGAGUCCCCUGUGCUCACAGACCUUUGCCUGCUAAGGUCCUCACCAGUGUUGCCCUUUCUGUCUUCCUCCCUGUGCCCUUUGGCUCUUGCUGUCUUCAGCAGCAUCUCAGGGUAGUUGCCGUGACCUUAGUGCAGUCUAUCAUCCCCCACCCCUCAGCCAGUCCUGGCUUCCCUGAUGGUCUCACCCUCCUGGCCUCAGGCCCAUUCCUGAGGAAGGGCCUUGGCGAGCUUGUGGAUGUUGCACCAAAAGAGAGUGCAGUGUUGGAGAGUGACAGUGUUGGGGCAGCUGGGGCCACAAGCAGGAGCGGCCCUCAGGGACAACUUUCUGCCCAGAAAAAUGUGCAGCUUGACUCUGCUGAGGAAAAGGUCCAAGCCAAGAGGACUGGCAGGUGGGGCCUCAAGCCUGCAGCCACUGGCUUGAUUGGGCCCUGGACACUGAGCCCUGAUGUUGUAGCCACACCAGCCUGGAUUUCAAUCCCAGAAUCUGCCCCUCACCACAAUGUGACCUUGGGCAGAUGACUUCACCUCACUCAGCCUUGGCUUCUAAGACUGAGAAAUGUGACUAAAUGCUUUAUUUCAUAGGAUGCGUGUGAGGAGCCCAUGGAAGGUGCCUGGCUUGGCACAUUGUGGCAUUUUUUCUCGCCUUCCUCAGAGGGCAGACACAGGGAGGAAGGACCUGGUGCUCUCAGGCAUCCAUCUGAUGCUUGGGACCAACAUAAGGCAGGCAGGGAUACAAGGCAGUCUGGAAAGAAAGGUAGGCAGGAGUUUCAGUCUUGGGCUCUUGACUCCUCAUUGUUGUCUAGAGAUGGAGCCAGCAGGCUGGUAGCCUGGCAGCCCACAUCUCCCCUCAGCCCCUCCUCACUAUGGCCCCAGUGCCUUGAGGCCCAGGCCAGGGCAGCCAGUGGCUCCAGCUCAGGGAAAGCCAGGCUCACCUGCCCUAUCCCCUCCCUUGCUCCUGAGGCCAAAGCCAGAGACUCGAACUACCUCCCCACCACCACCAGCAUAUGUCAAGGAGCACUUGCAGGCAGAAUGGGAGGAGGACAUGGAGCUGAUGCCGGAGUCCAGGCUGUGCAGGCCCCUGAGGUCUUGAGAGAUGUGCCUACUGCCCAUGCAGCCUCCUUCAGCCAGAGCCCAGAGCACAGACAGGAGUGUAGGAGUCCCUGUUUGAUGUACUCUGGGAAAGUAAUUCUAUCUCCUCUUCUGAUAGUUGGGGAAACUGAGGCCUUAUCUCACAGUUGGAUGCUUUUCCCAGUUGUCAAUGGGUUUCUCCAUGGGUCUCAUCCGGCUGCCUUAUUGAAAUAUGCCUCCAACCCUGUAAAUGCAAGAAAUCUACUCUUUUUGGCUCCUUUACCACCACCUGGGCCCUGGGCCAUUGGCUGCUCCCAAUCCCUGCCCCAAACACUUAGCUGGCUCCCCAUGACUUAAGUGUGUUCUCUUGUGUCCUAUGGAAUCCAGUUCUGAAGAGAUGGGGGAGGACAACUGUGGGAAAAGCCCUGGGGGCCCUUCCAAGGCUCCAUCUGUGCUCUGAGUAGGCUGCCAUCAGAACAAAGGGUUCCACUGCUGACAAGGUUUGAGAACUGCUGGCUUGAGGUGGGAACCCCUUUAACCUCUGCGGGACAGCAUGUCUUUCCCUAUCCACCUUCGAUUCUUUUCUCUCUUCAUUGGCUCCUUCUUAGUGGAUUCUUUUCUCUACUGCCCUGGGCUUCAGCCUUUGUGCAGCACUGUUGAUGCCCUGAACACACACCUUCCCUCUGCCCAGGCAGUGCAAACGAUCCACUUCUUCAAGCUCCAACACAAAUGCUGCUUCCUUUAGGACACCUGCUCUGUGCUCUCCCUGCCUCCCCUAGCUCAUACCUCUGCUGGCACCAAUGACCUUCUGUACCAUGCCUUCAGAAACCUUAUCCCCCUCAUCUCUGGGGCCCCCUGUGGAUCUGGCAUACCCAAGUUCAGUAAAUGUCUACCGGUAAGCUGAUGGUACAUGCAUUUUCUAGAAUAGAGCUGGGACUCCCCAUGUGGCCCACAUCUGACCUGGCGGCCCAUGUAUUCCGGUCAUUAGGGAGAGGAAGCAUGAGGACCUGGCCUUCUGCCCGACCCAGGCAGCCAUUCAAGUUGAGCAGUGGCCACUUCGAAUGCUUAAGUGCACCUGAUCCCUGCGCGACAGCCAUGCCAGGAGAACAGGCUGUCCUUGGCGGCAGUAGGAGCAGGCGCCAGGUUUCCUGGAGCUCUUGGCUUCAGCCAGCUCCCAGCCAGAGUCCUGGCUAGGGCAGAGACCUGAUCUCCCCCUCAUGACUUUCUACCUCGGACAAGCCCCCUGAACUGGAUUUGAGACUGUCAAAGCAACUCUACCACUGCUUUGGUAGGCUGAACAGUGACCCCCCAAAAUCGCAGUGUCUUAAUCACCUAAUCCUUAACAUGUGACUAUAUUACCUUCACAUAGCAAAAUGGACUUUGCAGAUGUGAUUAAGGAUCUUGAGAUGGAAAGAGUAUCCUGGAUUUUUCAGGUAAACUGAGUAUAAUCACAAGGGCCUCUGUAAAGGAGGCAGGAGUUUCAGAGUGACGGAAGAAAAUGUAUGUAACAAUGGAAGCAGAGGUCAGAGUGAUGCAAUUGCUGGAGGAAGAGCCAUGAGCCAAGGAAUGCAGACAGCCUUUUCUUCCCUGGGGCCUCAAGAAGAAUGUAGUCCUGCCAACACCUUGAUGUUAAGCCCUGUGAAACUGAUUUCAGAUUGCUGACCUCCAGAAUAGUAAGAUCAUAGGUUUGUGUUGUUUUCAGCCACUAAAUGUGUGAUAAUUUGUUACAGCAGCCAUGGGAAAUGAAUACAGAUUGUGGUGCCCAAAUUAGUGCUGCUGUAACACAUGCCUACUGACUGAAGUGGCUUUGGAAUUGCAAUGUGGAAAUGGGCAGAGGCUGGAAGAAUUUUGAGUCAUGAUAAAUUGCCUUAACCACCUCUCUUCAGAUAGGUGAUGUGGCCCGGGGAACUCUUCCUCAACCUUCAGACCUAAACUGCCCAGGCUCCCCAUUUUUUACUCUUAUUUGGAGAGAGGUGGCCCUUUCUCACAGUGAGAAGAGUGGAAGACUGACCAGCAUGGGUCCCAGAAGGGAGUGGGUGAGGAAUGGUACUGGGAUGUAGGGAGAGAGUGCAAGGCUGGCCUCCAUGACCCAUCUCCAGAGACUGGGUCCAGAGAGGACCUCAGAGACUGGGGCCAAGCCUGUUCCUGCUUUCCUGUGGAGUUAAUAUGACUGGCCCAGGACCCCUUGGGUGUGUGAGGAUGAGCAGGGGCCCUAUACUCUCUGGGUUGCAGGUACUGCAUCUGUGAAAUGAGCACAGCAGCCCCUGACUUUGAGGUAAUGGGCCUGGCCCCUCCAUGUAAGUCAUAGGCCUGAGCAGAGCUGUGUCACCAUUCUGUUCCUAUGGUGAAAUGGGGCUAUCCCUGGGGUUCUCAACCUCCUGGUCCCUAAAACUGAAGUGGCCAACUGGUGCCCUCAGCCCUGUCCCUGUCCAGGCUGGGACUAGGACCUCCCUCUCCAGGGGUACUAAGGGACUCUGGAGACACUAUCCCACCUGGCCAAGGCUUAGGGCUCCUGAGGCCAGUCCUAACCCAGGAGCCAUAUGGAGAACUACUGGGAAGCCAGACAUGGGCCUCAUGCUGGGUUUCAGAGCUGAGAAGCUAGGGGACAGGGAGCAUGGACACCUGGGUUCAAGGGUCAGCUUGGCCCCAAAUCAUCUGGAUACACUUUGGAUGAAGCCAGGAGGGCCUGUUUAUACUGGAAGGGGUGGAUCUUGGCAAGACUUAUGUUCAAUCCCUGAUCUUUUUGUCCCAGAGAGGGAUGGGGCUUACUUGAAGUAACACAGCACUUGACUACUGACUCCCAGUGUGGUGCUCUCAUCUACCAUUGCUUCCAAGGGUCUGUGGUUAGUUAAUUAAGUUAAUUAGGUGGUGCUCAUAUGGCUGUCCUUGUAGCUACUAAACCCAGGGAUUCAGGCCCAUAAAGCCCUCUGGGCCAGGUUUAUGGGCAGGUAAGAGCCACAUUAGGCCAACUGUAGCCCCUGGGUGUGCAGACAGAUCUGGGUCCCAUCAGAAACUCUGGUAGCUGUGGGAGGAGAGCAGGAUAUCCCCCGCUUGCGGAAUGAGUGGGCGCCUUCCCCUCUGAGGGAACUGACUGUACAACCCCCAGCCUCUUCCCUCCCAGGGCCCUCCUGAGGUGUCUGGAAGGACCUUUGGGAUCUUUGGCCUCAUAACCAGGAAUCAGAAGCUUCAAAUUCUAGGGGCCCCUUUUCUUCCAAAGACUACCUCUCACACAUACAACGGUCCUGCAGGAAAAUGGUCAGGAAAGGCCCAGUUUACAGCUCACAGAGUGGGAAAGGCAAGGAAGCCUACCUCAGCCUCACUGAAAGCCCUGAACUGGGCUGACCUCCACCUGCUCCAGCUAUGCCUAAAGGGGGAGGGUGCGACAGCUCAGAGUAACUAUGCUCCAUGGUAGGCAGGCCUGGCUAAGUGGCCCCCUUCCCAGGGUCUGGAGUCUACCUCAGACACUCUAACUCUCAGAGCAGAGGAUGUCACCUUUUUGCUCCGUCUUGUACUAGGUCUGCAGCCCUCUUCUGGGGCAUGUGGCUGGGAAAUGGUGGGAUCAGAUAUCCCCUACUGAGCCCAGAGAGCAGAUGGUUGGUACCUGAAACAGAGAUCCCUGCACUACAGAUGAGAAAAUUCAGGCUUAGCAGGACAGGAGCAGAGUUGGGGCACAAUCCCAGGUCUCUUCUCUGGCUCCAAGCUGCCAGUCUUUCCUUUGCCACCCGAAGACCCCCCACCCUGCCUUGCUUUCCAGGAACAGGCCUGCCUGCCUGGAGAGGCGGCCAAGUCCCUCUGCUGUUCCUGGAAGUCAGCGUGAGGCUGAGCUACAUGACCAAGCAAAGCAAACUAGGACUACAGGUGCGAACCACCCUGCCUGGCUCAUUUUUAAUUUAUUUAUUUAUUUAUUUAUUUAUUUUGUAGAAACAGGGUCUCUUGAUGUUGCCAGGGCUGGCACAUGGGGUUUUUAAUUGUCCCUACAUUACAAAGUUGAGGACAUCAAGGCUCAGCAGGAUGCAGUUACGGAUCAGGUUGCAUAGCUAGACUGGAAGGGAGGAUGAGGCUGCCAUUGGUGCCCAUUUGACUAUCAGAGACACUGAGGCCAGCAUAACUAGGUCCUGGGCUGUCCCCUACAGAGCUUAGUGCAGAAGUCACCUGGGCUUGUGGACCCUUGGAGCAGGAGCAAGGGUUUCCAGGGCUGUCCCUAGAGGGCUUUCUAGAAGACCUGCAGCUGCACCUGGGUGCGUCUCCUGAGGUAUAGGGCCAACAAGGCCUCAGUCUCUCAAGACCUGCUAUGUGUCAGGCACCAGGGAGAUGAUACCAAGUGGAGGGUCCUAUAGAAUAUGGUGCAUCCUGUGCCAAGUACUUCCAGGAUUAUCUUACUCAACCUUCAUGACAUCCUGAGAGAUGGAGGCUGUGAACCCUCUCGUUAUACCGACAAGGAAACAAACAGAGGGUCUAAGAAACUUGCUUGUAUGCUGUCUGAGCUGUGAUUCUGGCACAGGCUGAGUGACCUGGAGCUGGACGCCUUAGUCGUCACACCAGGCUUGAGAGGGGCGGAUAGGACAGGAAUAUACCAGGCCGUAGGGACAGUCUGGACAAAGGCCUGGAGUUCUGCAGACACACGGGUAGGGAUGUGUAGGGGUAAGCUGGUGCUGGGGGGUGCCCUUGGCUGAGCUCUGAAUGCAUUUCUGGGGACCAGGACCCUAAAGAGGUUUUUGAGCUGAGUUACAGAGUUAGAGAGGCAUUGAGGCUGCUCUUUCUGGCUUCCAGGAAAAAGGGACUGGGGCAGGAGGCUGCAACUGUCCAGGGUCUGGAGGCUGCUGGGGUCUGUAGCAGUGGCAUCAGAUACUCUGGAACAGAACUGACUCAGCCAUUGCUGAGGGGUUGGAUGUGGGAUGGCCAGGACCACAAUGGGCCCAGGGCUCUGAUUGGGAUGUGGAGGAAAUGGGGCCACCUGAGUUGGAGACGGGUGCUGGAGGGGGACAGUCGGGGAGCUUGACAGCAUAGGAUGCUUCCAGAAUAUCCGAGAGGCAGCAUCGGAGUGUCUGGAGAUGCAAAUGUGACCAUGUGGGGACACAGUCCAAAGGCAGCCCUUGAGGUAGAGUUGGGAAGAACACUCUCCUAGACCUGAGUGCUGACAACAGUACUGGGCACCUGCAGUAUGUAAACUAGUGCCAGGUGCCGCACACACUUUGUCAUAAAUCUUUCUGUUGGCACAUCAGGGAUCCCUUCCUUGGCCCACUGUAUGGAUGAAGGGACUGAGGCUUAACCUGCCCAAGGCCACACAGCCAGCAACUGGCCAUGCUGGAGUUUGAACCUAGUCCUCUGACGUCCCAGCCAGGAGAGGCGUGAGCAGGCUGCAGAGGCCAAAUGCAGCCCAGAGCCUCAACCCCCAGAGGGGCCCCAGGAGCCAGUGAGGUGCCCCACAGCCAACAUGGGCUCCAGAGUGAAGGGGAAAGUGAUGAAUCAAACAGAAAGCAGCAGAUGCAGACUGAGCUCUCUCCCCGUCAGCCCGGGUGCCAGAUUUUCACGCCCACAGCAAAGGGGCCAGGCAGAGCACUAGGUGUAGGGCAGGAGAGGGCAGCGAAAGUGGUUGCCACUGAACCCAGACUCAUAUACUCCGGAUAUGGGUGGCGCAGACUGACAGACACCCAGCCCAAUUCCAGACUGAAAGUUGAGUCCAUCUCAGCAUGUGAGGAUAUGAAGUUUGCCUUGUCACGAGGAGCAUUUCAGGUCCUUAGGCCUGUGAGGUUCUGGGAUGAGGCACCAGAUGCAUAUGUCUAAAAACCCUUGUUGAAGGCACUCCACAGCUCAAGAACUGACCAUUGCUGCCUACUUUCUUGGCCCGCACUGAAAACCACUGUUUCUUCAUCAUUUUCCUCAGCCCUCCUGCCUCAGUCCCCCAGAACUUUGGAGCUCAUUCUUUCAAAGCACGUUUCGUGUGCAACUCAAAUAUAUAUUUUUAAAAAGAUAAAAUGAGCAUCUUGUUAGCA